UAGAAUAACAAAAACCAAAAAUAUCAGUCUCAAAACAAAAAAAUCUCAAAAGUCAAUCCCACUCACGCGUAGUGUGUAUAGAUAACUAAAAACCCUAAAUCGCAGUGGUGCCGUUUCUCUCCUUCCUCUUUCCGUCGACGUUCGACUAGGGCUGCGCAGCCCUUCAUCUCUGGUUCAGUUAAGGCUGUCCAGGUGAUCUGUUUUCAUAUGGACUGAUAGUUUCCUUGAUGCCUUUGUGUCAAAGGAGUUAAAGUCGUCUGACUUUUGAGAACUUGGAAAUUUGGAGAGUGUCCUUGCACUCACCGUUUAUAUCACCAUGAUUGCCACAGAGACUAUUGCACCAACUACAAAGUUGAAGAUCAAAUUCUCCACCAAAAGGAUAGAAGUUGUUUCUGGGCCAAAAUGUCAGUUUGGAGAGAAAGUGUCUCAACUUGAUGCAAAUAGACCCUGUAAUCCUAUCAAAAAGUCCUCACCGCUAUAUUCCAAGAAAAGGGAACCAUCUGGGAAUAUUGAGGGUCCAAAGAAUAAAAGGCAGAAGAUUGAUCGGAAAGGGUCACAGAUGUGUGCUGCAAUACUCAAAUGCUUAACAUCUCAUCACUAUAGCUGGGUGUUUAAGGUGCCAGUGGAUCCUGUAGCGUUGAACAUUCCAGAUUAUUUUACGGUCAUAUCUCAUCCCAUGGAUUUAGGCACAAUUAAAUCCAAGCUGGAGAAAAAUAUUUAUCAUAACAAAGAGGAGUUUGCAGCUGAUGUCAGAUUGACCUUUUCAAAUGCCAUGACAUAUAAUCCUCCAAACAAUGAUGUUCAUUUGAUGGCAAAGGAUCUUAACAGAUUGUUUGACAGAAAAUGGAAAGAUAUGGAUAAAAAAUGGAAUUGUGAAGAUGAGCUUGGGAAAAGUGAGACUGGAAUAAUUAAAGAAACUGUGAGAAAAAGUUGUAUUGGUACACAAUCCCGGCAUAAAGAUUCCUUGACCAAAAGGUCCCGAGCAUCUGAACACAAAGGAUUUCAUAAGAUUAGUUCAUUGACACCAAGAGAUGCUAGAGUGGAUGUACCUAAAUUAUCACAGAUUCCUUGCAAACCACUUCAGAAGGACUUUAUUAAAGGAUCUGAAGUUAGGGAGCCAACAACAUGUAGUGAUGCUGCUUUGAAACAGGACUGCAAGACUAAAUGUACAUCACCUUUGCAGAGGAAAUCUGAUCCUGGUUCUGAUGGGGCUGUAAGUUCUUUAGAUAGUGAACACGCAUGUCCUAGUUCUCAGCAUACAACUCUUGCUACUGACGCCUCUUCUGGUGAAGUAUGGAGCACCACUGUUCUUCCUGUCCAGCUUUCACCUAAAAAGGCUCUCCGUGCUGCUAUGCUCAAAAGUCGCUUUGCGGAUACCAUAUUGAAAGCACAACAAAAGACUCUUCUGGAACAUGGUGAUAAAGGGGAUCCUUUGAAAAUGCAGCUUGAAAAGGAGAGACUGGAAAGGAUACAACGUGAAGAGCAAGCAAGGAUCGAAGCCCAAAUUAAAACUGCUGAAACAGCUGCAAGAAUGAGAGCCGAAGAAGAAACAAGGCAACAAAUAGAAAAGGAAAGAGAAGCUGCACGGGCUGCGAUAGAAAAGAUGAAAAGAUCAGUUGACAUCGAACAUAAUUUGGAGGUUGUGAAAGAACUGGAGAGUUUGAGUGGCUGUACACUAUCUUAUAAGGCUCUGGGCGGUAGAAAUGGCUACAGAACUGCAAUGGGAAGAUUGGAUAAACUUCAGUUUGAGAACCCAUUGGAGCGACUUGGUUUAUUUAUCAAGGAAGAUUAUGUCGCAGAUGAAGAUGAGGAGGUUCUGAACGGCGGAGGAGGAGGCUGGGAGGAAGGGGAAAUUUUUUGACAAACCUUUGUUCUGCCAGUAUUGAUUGUUUAUAUAUCCUCUAAAAAGGAAUCAUACAAUAAUUGUAAUCAGGUCUUUGAUCAUGUGUGCCCUAUUAUUGGAAUAUAAAAAAAGUCCUGAUGGGGAUCUACAUGGAGGAAUCCUCCUGGAAACUUAGCAAGCACGGUAGACUUAGUGUUGUCUGUUGUUAUAUAAAAAUGUUGAGAUUAUGCUUAAAACCGAAAAUAUUGUGUUUGUGCUCUUCAUUCUCAUAUUGAUCAGUCUUAAAUGUUGA